UACUUCUCGUCAUCCCGAGUCAUUCUCCAUCGCUCUUUCCCUGCCCCAUCAAACCCACCAUUCGUUCGACCAAAUGCCUCCGUCCAGAUCCAAGGCCGACGAUAAGAUCCUCAGCUACGGCGAUGUCGUCCUCCGGAGGUCCGACCUCGACAUCCUCCAUGGCCCCCACUACAUCAACGACCGCCUCAUCGAGUUCUACUUUGCCCACCUCUCCCCCCCCCUCCACGUCCUCCUCGUCCCGCCCUCUAUCUCCUUCUGGCUCUCCAACUGCCCCGACCCGGUUUCCCUCUCCGAAGCCGCCACCCCUCUCAAACUCCCCCAAAGAGAUAUCAUCCUCUUCACCGUCAACAAUAACAGCGACGUGACGGCCGCCGAUGGCGGGACGCACUGGAGUCUCCUGGUGUACUAUAGAGCGACCAACGAGUUCGUGCACCACGAUAGCAGCCAAGGGAUGAACCGGUGGCACGCCGAGACGCUGUUCGAGGCGGUGAAGCGGUUCGUCGGAGACGACGGCGAAGCUCGUUAUGUCGAAGGCUUCACGCCGCAGCAGAACAAUGGUUAUGACUGCGGUUUGUAUGUGAUGACGAUUGCGAGGGUGGUAUGCGAUUGGUUUCGGGAGGGCGGGGCGAAGAAUGAGCGGGAGAGAUGGUUUUCGUCUUUGAAAGAGGAGGUAGAUGCCGCAGCAGUGGCCGAGCUCAGAGGGGAGGUGUUGAGGCUUAUUUUGGGGUUAAUGGAGAAAAAGUGAAAACUUUAAUUGGUAGUUGAGAAUGUUGCUUCCAGGUCUGCUUCCAGGUCUGGCAAUGAAUUCACACUAUCACCCUUCACAAGGAUUCCCCCCCCCCCCCCCCCCCCCCCUACAGAGAGUCCUUUUAAAAUUUGUGGUUGGUUUGCUAGUUGUUGUCAGGAGUGGCUGACAUCAUUUCAUUUAGUAAAAGUUGUGGCUCAGAACUCAGAAAAUUGCCUUGUAAUCAACUCAGCUGAGUAACUGCUCUGAAAUACCAAUAUUAUUGUGUUGAAAAUUAAAUGCCAUUUUUUGA